GACUGUGAGGAUGGGAGCUGUGAUGCCAAUACGCUGCUUCAAUUCCGCCGUGCAGAUGUUGGACCCUGGUCCUUUGGUGCCAUCAUUCCAGGAGAUGCCGACUAUAAGAGCUUGGUGGGAUCGCCGAUGCCCAAGCUUCCUUUGCAUGGUGCGAUCCCUCAGGAUUUCGAGGUUGCCUCGGCAUGGCCAUACUGCGCCAGUGUGGUGAACCACAUCCGAGAUCAGAGCAAGUGUGGCUCAUGCUGGGCCGUGGGCAGUGUCUCAACUAUGAAUGAUCGCCUGUGCGUACAAAAAGCCGACAACAGCACGAUCUUAUCAGCAGACGAUCCGUUGGCAAACUGCAACAGUACCAUUGAGGGUUCCGAAUUGCCUACUUGUGUGCGACCUGUGUUGGGUGGCUGCUUUGGCGGGCAGCUGGAAUUUGCAUGGAAGUGGUAUGCUGAGGUAGGUGCAGUAAAUGGGACAGGAUACAUCCAAUCGCACCGACAUGUGGGCGCCACUUGUGCUCCAUAUCCUUUUCCUCCCUGUCAUUCUCCGGAUUGGAAGAACAGGCCAGAAUGCCAGAAGUCCUUCGCAACACCCGGAAACUUCAGCACAUGCCCGGAUGAGUUCUUCCCAACUCCCUACUGGAAGAACAAGGUGAAGGCCGCGAGAUGGUACAGCGUUCCUGCAAGACACAUCCAAGGAGAGAUCCUGGCACGGGGAUCUGUGAGUUGUCAAGUUGCAGCCACCUGCUCCAUGGCCAACUACACCGCUGGCGUCUACGUGCCCUCCGGUAAAGUCUGUGGGGGCCAUGUGAUGCGGAUCACUGGUUGGGGUGUGGAGGGAGGCAAGGAUUAUUGGUGGGUCGCCAAUUCCUGGGGUCCCCAAUGGGGCCUGAAUGGCUUCAUCAAGUGGAUCCGUGGCAUUGAUGCGCAAGGCAUUGAGAGUGGUGUGGUGGCUGGCAUCCUUUAA